CAACGACCAACCGCCAACCUCGACCUUUUGCGACUUUCGUACCUCGACACGACGAAAUCCGCAACCAUGGCCACCGAACUUACCGUGCAAUCGGAGCGCGCUUACCAAAAGCAGCCUCACAUUUUCCUCAACGCCAAAUCAAAGGCCAAGUCUAGAAGAGUUGGAAAGGGUGGACGAAGAUGGUAUAAGGAUGUCGGUCUGGGUUUCCGCACACCAAAGACUGCCAUUGAGGGAAGCUACAUCGGUACGUGAGAUUUGAUCCUGCGCGAUCUUCUGUGAAGGAAUGGAAAUGGGGAGUUUGGCACCAGCUCGAGGGACAUGGAGGGGCUAUGGGCUCUGGGAUAUUUUACGCGGCAAGGGCUGCAUCUCGAUUCUAGAUCAGAGGCGGCGAUGCGCUGCACUGCAUCCAUACGUGCACAACAAACUCGAAGCUAAUUCAUCCAUCUACAGACAAGAAGUGCCCCUUCACCGGUCUCGUCUCCAUCCGUGGUCGUAUCUUGACCGGUACCGUUGUUUCCACCAAGAUGCACCGAACCCUUGUUAUCCGCCGAGAAUACCUCCACUUCAUCCCAAAAUACGCCAGAUAUGAGAAGAGACACAAGAACUUGUCCGCACACGUUUCCCCAGCUUUCCGUGUCUCAGAUGGUGAUCAGGUUACCGUUGGACAAUGUCGACCAUUGAGCAAAACUGUAUGUUUUUUCAAAUGGCCCAUGGGGCAAGAAUGGCUUCGCACAAGUCAAAAUACUGAAAUGAAAAAAUAGGUCCGAUUUAACGUUCUCCGUGUCAUGCCCCGAGCUGGCAAGAAUGUCAAGCAAUUCAGCAAAUUUUAAGCAAAAACAGGUUUCUUUGGGGUUUUACAUGGCUGCAUGGGAUUUGCUGUUCGCGGC